UUGUAAUUUUGUGCUCGUGUAAAAUCUUACUUUUCCCUUCUAAUCCACUGAUUUUGUUUUGAGCAAUUGGACGCUUCUGUUCUCGCAUGCAUUUUUGCUGCGUUUGACGACGUUAGAGGAAUCACUGUGAUAUUAAGGGCUGCUCCAAGAAAACGACCAAAAUGUAUUCUAGUGGAGCAGCUGGUGCUGCUGAGAUGUAUGAGGGACCUCACACUUCGGGGUCAGUUGGUUCUGCUCCCCCAUCUCCCUCAGCACAGGAGUAUGUGUUCAAACCUCCUCAGCGACCAGAUUUUGGCACCAUGGGCAGGACAAUCAAACUGCAGGCCAACUUUUUUGAGAUGGAGAUCCCCAAACUGGAAGUGUACCAUUAUGACAUAGACAUCAAACCUGAGAAGUGCCCACGAAGAGUCAACCGUGAAAUUGUCGAGCACAUGGUGCAGCACUUUAAAACGCAGAUCUUUGGUGAUCGGAAACCAGUGUAUGAUGGGCGGAAGAAUCUGUACACUGCUAUGCCCUUACCCAUAGGGCGAGACAAAGUGGAGUUGGAGGUGACUAUCCCAGGAGAGGGCAAGGACAGAAGUUUCAAAGUUGCCAUAAAAUGGGUGUCCUGCGUCAGCCUGCAAGCUCUUCAUGAAGCACUGUCUGGGCGGCUGCCCAACAUCCCCUUUGAGACCAUUCAGGCUCUGGAUGUGGUCAUGAGACAUCUGCCCUCUAUGAGGUACACGCCCGUUGGCCGCUCAUUCUUCACACCUUCAGAGGGCUGCUCCAACCCUCUGGGUGGAGGAAGAGAGGUUUGGUUUGGUUUUCACCAGUCUGUCCGACCAUCCCUUUGGAAAAUGAUGCUGAACAUAGACGUUUCUGCAACUGCGUUCUACAAAGCCCAACCCGUGAUUGAGUUCAUGUGUGAAGUUUUGGAUUUCAAAAGCAUUGAAGAGCAACAGAAGGCCUUAACAGACUCUCAGAGAGUGAAGUUCACCAAGGAGAUCAAGGGUUUGAAAGUAGAGAUCACACACUGUGGGCAGAUGAAGAGGAAAUACAGGGUGUGUAAUGUAACUCGGAGACCGGCCAGCCACCAGACGUUCCCAUUACAGCAGGAGAAUGGACAGACCAUUGAAUGCACGGUAGCGCAGUACUUCAAAGACAAAUACAAACUGGUGCUACGAUAUCCCCACCUGCCCUGUUUACAGGUUGGCCAGGAGCAGAAACACACCUACCUUCCUCUGGAGGUCUGUAACAUCGUGGCUGGACAGCGUUGCAUAAAGAAGCUGACGGAUAAUCAAACGUCAACAAUGAUCCGUGCCACAGCCAGGUCUGCGCCCGAUCGGCAGGAUGAGAUCAGCAAACUGAUGAGAAGUGCCAACUUUAACACCGAUCCUUACGUCCGUGAGUUCGGGGUCAUGGUGAGAGAUGAAAUGACAGAGGUGAACGGCCGCGUUCUCCAAGCCCCGUCGAUUCUUUAUGGAGGACGGAAUAAAGCAAUAGCCACACCAAUCCAAGGAGUAUGGGACAUGAGAAACAAGCAGUUCCACACUGGGAUUGAGAUUAAAGUGUGGGCUAUCGCCUGCUUUGCCCCACAGAGGCAAUGCACUGAACUCUUACUCAAAGCUUUCACUGACCAACUGCGUAAGAUCUCUCGUGACGCUGGGAUGCCCAUUCAGGGACAGCCCUGCUUUUGUAAGUAUGCCCAGGGUGCUGACAGCGUGGAGCCCAUGUUCAAGCACCUGAAGUACACUUACCAAGGCCUGCAGUUAGUGGUGGUCAUCCUGCCCGGCAAGACCCCUGUUUACGCUGAAGUGAAGCGUGUCGGUGACACUGUAUUAGGCAUGGCCACUCAGUGUGUUCAAGUGAAGAAUGUUCAGAAGACCACACCACAGACCCUCUCCAACCUCUGCCUGAAGAUCAAUGUCAAGCUUGGUGGAGUCAACAAUAUUCUCCUCCCACAGGGCAGGCCCUUGGUGUUCCAACAGCCAGUCAUCUUUCUGGGUGCUGAUGUGACCCACCCACCGGCUGGAGAUGGGAAGAAACCUUCAAUAGCUGCUGUGGUAGGGAGCAUGGAUGCCCACCCCAGCCGCUACUGUGCCACAGUGCGAGUGCAGCAGCAUCGCCAGGACAUCAUUCAGGAUCUGGCCGCUAUGGUGAGAGAGCUGCUGAUCCAGUUCUACAAAUCCACCCGCUUCAAGCCCACGCGCAUCAUCUACUACAGAGACGGCAUCUCAGAGGGCCAGUUCAACCAGGUUCUCCAGCAUGAGUUACUUGCAAUUCGUGAGGCCUGCAUCAAGCUCGAGAAAGACUACCAACCAGGCAUCACCUUUGUUGUGGUUCAGAAGAGACACCACACUAGAUUAUUCUGCAUGGACAGGAAUGAGAGGGUUGGAAAGAGUGGCAACAUCCCUGCAGGCACAACAGUUGACACCAAGAUCACCCAUCCAUCGGAGUUCGACUUUUACCUCUGUAGCCACGCUGGCAUUCAGGGAACCAGCAGGCCAUCUCACUACCACGUGCUGUGGGACGACAACCAGUUCACCUCUGAUGAGCUGCAGGUUCUCACUUACCAGCUGUGCCACACUUACGUGCGCUGCACCCGCUCCGUGUCAAUCCCUGCACCAGCCUACUAUGCGCACCUGGUGGCGUUCCGCGCCCGCUACCAUCUAGUGGAUAAGGAGCAUGACAGUGCUGAGGGUAGCCACACAUCCGGGCAGAGCAACGGCCGAGACCAGCAGGCCCUGGCCAAAGCCGUGCAGAUUCACCAGGACACACUGCGCACCAUGUAUUUCGCCUGAACACCACCCAGGAUGAGCUGCCAUUCACACAAAGCUUUUCCACUACCAAGAAUACGGUGUGUGUGUGUUUGUGUGUGUGUGUGUGUGUGUACGCAUGUGUGUUUUCAGUGUGUGACCCCUCAGUUCUGUUGUCAAAUGGCAAAUUUGAAGAUUAUCCU